CACGAGGAGGCCGUGCGAGUCGGGCGGUUCCGGCGCCAGGGCUGAAGGAACCGCGGGGGUGGGGCGAGGGACGCCCGUGCGGCGGGUGCGUCUGCCCUCAGUGAGGCGGGGCGCGCGGCGGGCUCCCCCGGGCAGGGGCGGGAGUGACGGAGGGGCCGGACCGGUUGGCUGGAAAAGGGGCGGUGAGCGCUGCUCCGGUCUUUAGGCGAGGCUUGGCCUCCCCAGCAGAGACGGGGGGAAGCGGCGGCAGUGGAGGCGGCCCUCGGGCCGGCUCGUGAGACGAUGGCGGCGCCAGCCCCGGGGGCAGGGGCAGCCUCGGGCGGCGCUGGCUGUAGUGGCGGCGGCGGUGCGGGCGCCAGCUCGGGCUCUGGGUCCACGGGGAUCGGGGGCCGGCUACCCUGCCGAGUGCUGGAGUUGGUGUUCUCCUACCUGGAGCUGUCCGAGCUGCGGAGCUGCGCCCUGGUCUGCAAGCACUGGUACCGCUGCCUGCACGGCGAUGAGAACAGUGAGGUGUGGCGGAGCCUGUGUGCCCGCAGCCUGGCAGAAGAGGCUCUGCGCACGGACAUCCUCUGCAACCUGCCCAGCUACAAGGCCAAGGUACGUGCUUUCCAGCAUGCCUUUAGCACUAAUGACUGCUCCAGGAAUGUCUACAUUAAGAAGAAUGGCUUUACUUUACAUCGAAACCCCAUUGCUCAGAGCACUGAUGGUGCAAGGACCAAGAUUGGUUUUAGUGAGGGCCGCCAUGCAUGGGAAGUGUGGUGGGAGGGCCCUCUGGGCACUGUGGCAGUGAUUGGAAUUGCCACAAAACGGGCCCCCAUGCAGUGCCAAGGUUAUGUGGCAUUGUUGGGCAGCGAUGACCAGAGCUGGGGCUGGAAUCUGGUGGACAAUAAUCUACUACAUAAUGGAGAAGUCAAUGGCAGUUUUCCACAAUGCAACAAUGCACCAAAAUAUCAGAUAGGAGAAAGAAUUCGCGUCAUCUUGGACAUGGAAGAUAAGACUUUAGCUUUUGAACGUGGAUAUGAGUUUCUGGGGGUUGCCUUUAGAGGACUUCCAAAGGCCUGCUUGUAUCCAGCAGUUUCUGCUGUAUAUGGCAACACAGAAGUGACUUUGGUUUACCUUGGAAAACCUUUGGAUGGAUGACAGUGGCUUUCUUAAGAUGAAAGACAGAGUGGAGGAGAUAUCUGCUUGUGGAAAGUAGAACCAUGAAGUGACAGUGUCAUACAUGCAUGUCCAAGAAACAUCCUGAAAAACACGUGAAAUUGUUAACUGGAGAAACAGCUCUACAGCAAAGAUUAUCUUAGUGUUUCCUCUUUCUACUGGGCCAGAAAAAUCCUCAGGGUUGCAGUUGGUUGAGUGGGCAGUUGACAUAUGCAUGUUGCAACAGAUUUAUCUCUAAGCUAGCAAUGUGUUAUUUCCAACUUUUAAGGUGAGAUCUUAGAGAUGCUGUACAAGGGAUAAAAUAAGGAAGUAGCAAAAAUUUUUAAGUAGUGUGUUUUUGAAGAAAGACUGAUCCUGUUUUACAACUGCCUGUUUUUUCCCCAGACACUUUUUUCCCAGCCAGCUUGACUAUUAGAAAAAUACGAAACUGGCUGGGUUUUAUUUAAUAUUUUUAAUAUAUCGAGAAGCAUGGUCUGCUUGGACUGCACUUCUCUAACAGUGAGAUGUAAAAUUGUGCAGCUAUUUUAAAAGUUGUAUAUACAAUGUGUGUGUAAAAAACAACAACAAAAAAUACAGGACAAAGAGGUUGCUUUGUUCUAGUUAAAUUUCUUAAAAACCACUACAUGGUAUAAAAUUAAAAUAAUACAUAGGGACAAUUCGGUAUAACUACAAUGAAGAGGAUUUUAAGAGGAGAUGUGUUGUAUUAGCUCAUUUUAUAUUGUAUUUGGUUUACAGUUUCCAUAGUUAUUAUAGUCUAUUUUGUCUUUUUGUCAAAAUUAUUGUAAAAAUCCUUUAAUAUACUGGGUAAAGAUUGAAGGAAAGCAAAUUUAUUUCUAAUUAUAUAUAAAAUUAUAAUAGUAUCUGGUUUAUUUUUUGACUUUCUGAGAAAUUGUCUCAUAGAAACACAAAAUAUUGCCAAUUGCUCUUAUAGACCUCGAAUAAAAGCUGCUAGUCGCAGACCUCAGAAAAAGAAUUGAUUAAUGGUCCUUUUAUUUUAUAAUUUUAUAAUUCUGUAGAUAUUAUACUUUUUUAAUUUCACAUUGUUUACAACAUGCAACAAUCUAAGCCUCAAACUCUUCAUUGGGGUUAUCAAGAAAAUGUUUACUCACCCGCCUGGAACAGUGCCAGCCUGAACCCAUGUUAAGAAUGUUCUUAAUCUUACAGAUAAUUGCCCCCAUGGGACUUGAAAUAAAACACCUUGUGCUGAAAACUUCAGGUUGGCAGUAUUUUGAAGGUUUCACUAGAGGAGAGCUUAACAUUAAUUCCUAUUCUGAAUUUUUGACUAAUAAAUUUUGAUUUCACAACUAUUUCAAAUUAAUAAUCUAACAUGCAUUAGUUGAGAUUUUCUUUUGUUGGAAGAGAAACAAACAUCUUUCUGUAUGAAAGCAUAAAUUAUAUGAUUUCAGAUACAUAUUUGUGAUAAGAAUUGACUAAGGCAAGUGGAGUCUUUGUACUUUUUAAGGUUAUGGUUGUAUGCAUAUUCUGUCUUAAAUCUAAUAAAGUUAGGGACAGCAAGCAGCUGGCUGGGGUUUUUGGGUUGCUCCUUGCAAUUUAAGAUUAUCGAUACUCCUUGAAGCGGGGGAUUUCAGUCAUGAACAAAGAUUUAUUUUUGCCAUGUGACAGGUUUACAAAUAUUUGUUGUAUAUUUUGUAUGUUGCUUAAAGAUUAAAUCAGUUAAAGAUUCUUUUCAAUAUCUAUGUCAAACAGAAACCUGGAAACCAUAUUUAAUAGUACAGAGUGAAAUUAUAUGUUACAUGUAUUAGAGAAUAUAGCUGUUACAGGAAUUGAUUUUUGUUGCUGUGGAAUGACUCUAUUUGGCAAAGUUUAAAGUUUGAUUAAAGAAGAGAACUAGUUCAGGAUGAAGAUUGAGCUAGUUAGAACAUUAAAAAGUCUUUUAAGUACUUGUUUGUUUUUCAGGUUGUGAUAUGGCCGAUUCUAAGAUCUGUGGCUGAGAAUUUUGUUUAUAACUUGUGUUUUGUCUUACUCGUAAACAUUUAUUUUGUAACAGAGUUUUGAAGGUGCUGAAUGGAAAACAGAAACACAUGAUUAUUGCAUAUUGAACUUAUAAUCAAAUAAUUGCCUAAAUAUUUAACAACAAGCUAUUCUUAUCUCAAAGAUUUACUAUAAAUUCCCUAACAUCCCAUUUGCAAAUUUUAUAAAAUGCAGGUCCAUAUUUAGCACAAGCAUUGAGGGAAUGAAGAGCCUUUGUUUAUAACCUGAUAAAUGAAUUUGUUACUGGAGACCAAUUGUAGCUAUAUGGAAUAUUAAAACAAACUACUAUACUACAAUGUUCAAGGAAAUGAAAUAUUUUUUUCAUUGGUGCUGAGAGAACAUUUAGGUAAACGACAGUUGCACUUGAAGAUUGAGUAUAAAUUAUUUAAACCAGUAGUUCCCAACCUCAGCUGUACUUUGGAGUCAUGUGUGCUUUGAAAAAUAUCGAUAGUUGGGUGCCAUGCCCUAACAUUUUGAUGUUGAGCUGGGAUAUAAUAUGACCAUAAGAAUUUAAAAAACAAAAACUUCCUAGAUGAUUUUCAGUAUGCUUCCAAGGUUGAGUUCAAAAUUCACCUUAAGUUUUCUCAUCUGCAAAAAAAAAAAAAAGUAUCCUUGCUCCUUCCCCUCACUACCUCACAAGAAUAUUGAGGAUAGAGAAAAUAAUGCAAAAGGGCUUGUGUGAUGGAUAAAAAGUGCUAUUGAAAGCCAGAGUAUUUGUUGUAUUUCAACUGAAACUAUGUGCAGGAAAAAUGUGUAACUGAAUUUACUUUGUUGACUUGAGAAACCAGGAGCUUUCUCUACUUCUUAACUUUAGUGAAGCAUGCUGAUGUGUAAGCAGACAUUACUAUUAUUCUCAUUCAUACUAUGAUAUUCUGUCAUACUUGAGAUAGACCAUUUUAAAUUAUCUAGUUUUACAAAGGAAAGAAGAAAUAUUAAGGCUUAAAGUCUGUAAUGGCCAGUGGCUCAUUAUUCAUUAAAACAUUUCAUA